UCAAGCAACUUAAAGAAGUCCAGACGCUUUUCUUUGCAAGCUCCUUUGACUACGAUGACCUAGAUGAUUGAGGACCUUCACAGACUUUUUUUCAGAUUGUUUUUACUGACCUUAAAGGACAGUUUGAAAGUGACCAUUUAUGUGGUUCUUUCUAUAUGUUGAGAAUACAAACCUGAGACAUAGUUUCCAAGUUACUGAGGCUUCUUGUCAGUUUUCAACCAAUACAUCAUUAAGUUGCCCUUGAAGAAUUUGGUGGCUGUAAGCCAAAUCUUAUUUAAUUUUUCUUUAUGAGAAUUCAUUCAAAACUUUUCCAGCUAUCGUGCUUACAGACAGAAUGACACGCACACAAAUGCUACUAAAAACAUUAACUCUUUGGUGGUUUUUAAAUGUGAUUGUUAAAGCUGACCAAUCAUCUUUUUUUUACUCUCUGACAACAAGACAGUCUCAUAGCAGUUUGUGAUAACAGCUGACCUACUCGUCCAUGUUUCUGCAGACAUAAAUUGUCCAUCCUUCUUACCGUGUUCCUGAACACAAUUUUUUUGGCUGCCAUGUUGACACUUCCCCUCUGAAGAGUGUGGACAAAAAUGCAACAUUUCAUAUUCAUUAACAAAUCGAUGGCUGUUUCCUGUGUAUUUCACAUUCUGCUAUGAGACGAGGCUGUUUAUGUACUCUACAUAUUGGUCAAUUCCACAAAGUGAUAGAUAAUGAGGUCACAUAAGUGGUGCAUGUGAGCUAAACGCUCAGGCUUCAGUUUGCUCUGAACAUUUAGUUCCCUUUUUUUCUACUAUUGGAUUUUUAUGAUAUAAAAGAAAGAAGGCUUCCCCUUAAUAUGGUGAUCUCAGGGAUACAGCUCUGGGUGUGAGCACAGGAGGUCUGCCCACCUUCUGUGUGUGAGGGGCAGCCAAUCAGAGAAUAGGCAGCAUAAAAAAAGAGGGGUGGGGGGGACUUCAGAGUUUCUGCACAAGGUACACAAGAGAUUAGUUUGAACUUUGACUCAUGAAAAGCUACUUUAGUAAUCUCCAAGAACAACCACGUCCACUUUUAAAAGGUCAGAGGAGCUUCAGCCUUUCAAUCUGGGCUCAGAUCUGAUUGUAGAAACUGUACCUCAAGCUGCUCAGUCUGUGGUGUCACUUCACACUCCCUCCCUCCUCUGUGGUGGGGCGGCUCCAGAGGAGUGGGGUGAUGUGUAACCGAAUACUGGCUGUGUUUCACCGAAGACUGAAAAGAGAAGAGGUCUGUGGAUGGGUUUAGGUAAAGGGUUGCACUGCGAGUGCUAGAUGUUUCCACUAACUGGAUCUGAACUGUACUUCUGCACAGAUAUACAUGAGUGUACUGCAAUUUCAGCUGGUUUAAGGCCACUGUUAGUGGCAUCCAUUGUCUUCAUCAGCUUUGGAGUGGUGGCUGCCUUCUGCUGUGCCAUCGUCGAUGGAGUAUUUGCAGCGAGGCACAUUGACCUCAGGCCUCUGUACGCGGGCCGCUGUGCUUAUCACACCAGUGACACGGCGUCUGAGCAUGAUGUGCCAUGUCAUACAUCCUGUAACCUGCGAGUGAAGAGCAACACCUGCUACUGCUGCGACCUCUACAACUGCGGGAAAGAACAUCCUCUUAUGGGACCUCAGAAUAAAGAUGUUUUGAAAAAGUUUAAGAAAUCAUCCAUGAUUUGGAAGCCUAGCCGUGUUGAGUUAAUGGGAGGCUACCAUGAAUAUACAGAUGUGAAAAGCUGCCAGGACGUCAUACACCUCUACCACCUCUUGUGGUCGGCUACGAUCCUCAACAUCGUGGCCCUCUUCCUGGGCAUCAUUACUGCAGCAGUGCUGGGAGGCUUCAAAGACAUGACACCUGCCCCUGCCUCAGAGAGCACAUCUGAACCAGAGGCCAUCACAGCUCCAGUCCCCUCAGAGAUUCCCCCGCCCGUCACGUCUCUCAACCCAUAUUACAACACCGCCCCCUGCCUGCCACCGUACUCGGCCUACGACCUGCAGGGCUCCUAUGUGUUCCCUGACUCUUCAGGCCUGUCAGACGAUUCCCAGUCUGGAGCCAGCCACCUCUGGCCUACAAUGAUCCCUCCACGCUACUCCCCUCCUCACAACCUUCCAGAUGAGAAGCCCCCACCAUACAGCCCGUAAGACAGCUGCGAGAAAAGGAAACACCUGAAACAUCAUCGGGUGUUUGCACAGUUCCUCUGGACUUUUCUUCAUAAUCCUUCAGAAGAGUGUUGAAGACAAAGAGGCGAGGAAGGGGAGGAGAGCCACAGAGCACACUAACUUUGACUUCAGCCCAAGGCGAGGGAGACAGCAUUCGUCUCCCCGGGCACCGCUCACACUCUUCUGGCCUGCACUGUGUGUGUUUGUGCACAUGCACAUCGAGAGAGACAACCUGGUCAAAGCCAGGACUGUUUACACAUCUAUCUGCCUUAUGCAACGUAAACAGACUUCCAGUGUUAGAUGUAUUCUGUAAAAGGACAAAACGACAGAGCUCAUGCUUUACAUUCACCUCUCUUUUGCAGAAACUGUAAAUGCUUCCUCCAUCAAGAUGGAGAUCCCGUCCUCACUGGGAGGAUGAGUGCAGCUACAUGUGCAAGGUCGACGUUGAGCUAGGUGAAAGCUUUGGCAUAUUUCUUAAAAUCUGAAUCAGCUAGAUAAUUCCAAACUUAAAAAUUGUAGGCCCGGGCGUUUGUUUCUGUAGCAGUUAAUAGUGUCCCUGUGCAUUAUUACAGGCAGAGUUAGCAGAACUGGAGGUAUUACAUGCUCAUAAUGUAUGUGCAGCAGUAUAAUAUGCAGUUAGGCCUAGCAUAUACAAACAGACCAAGAUUCCUAUUUAUCAAAUCUUCACGUUAUGUUUAAGAAUAUCCUGAUCAGUGUGUGCAGAGCAGCAUUAAUGAAGAAAUAAGCUAUUGUACCUACAGUAGUUGUUGAGGAUAAUCAGAUACCAGUUACACUCCAAACCUCAUUUACUGUGUUUCCACUAAAAGCAGCAAAGCAGGUAAGCAUCAUAUAUGUGUCUCUCUCUUUGUCAAGUAGCAGUAGUAGCACGUUUGUGUCAGAAGGGUCAUUCCAUAUAAAAUCAGUCAAACCUGAUCCACCGAAUCUGCUGAGGGUUUGUUGUGCAGACAAAGAAAAAUAGGUGAAAUCCAUCUUCAAGAAGCAAAAAAAAGGUCCAGCGCGAUCAUUUCAGUAGAUUAGACAGAAUCUAAAAUUAUCAGACACCUACCAAAGGCUGCAACUUCACAGGUGUUAUACAACACUAGAUGUCAGUUUUCAAACAUAAGGAAUCACGGCUAGAGGCUGAGGACUAAAUGGAGGGAAAAAUGAAACGUUUCAUAAGCUAUUACCUGUUUGAAAUCCUACAAAGUGAUAUGACCAUUUAAAAGUUACCCGCAAUGCAUUUUUGAGGUUUUCUCCAACAAAUUCUCAGAAAACAUCCAGGAUACCAACAACACUUGUUUCUGUUCCUCGCGUGCAAUUUGGACUGGAGCUAUCACAUGAUACUGAUUAGGUAUAUUGAUUAUAAAGAAAUAGAUCAGACCAAAAACAUAAAUUUAGCUUUGGAUCCUGUACUGAAAUUUCACCUGGUUAGCUCCAGUACUUAAGAAGUGAAAUAAUAAGCCCAUCUAAGAAUACAAAUGUGAGUGUGGCCAUCAUUAAAGCCUGUGGUCGAUAGCAAUCAGUUUGCAAGUUUAAGUCUACUUGAAUUCAUUUACACAAAACCAAACACUCAGCAGUUAAUGGUUAUAGAUAGAAACGUGUGGCAUACAGUAACCAAUUAAUAUACACAUUAAAAUGUUUAUAGAUUAUUAUAAUAUGCACAAUUAAAAUAACUGAAUUGGCAGAUUCAUAAAAUCUAAUUUAAUCUUCUAGGACAGACUGCUUGCAGAUACAAUGACCAAUAAGCCUCCAUGCCUGUACGCCAUUUUCAGCCUCUAUUAGCCUUCCCACAUAACAAAAUCCCCAGCACAUGACACAUAUGCUGACAUUCAUGUAGAUAUAUUUUUUGUUGUUGAGUUUUUAGUGGCUCAGCACCCGUUAAUCCGAUUUUUCGUUCACUUAAAAAGCGCCAGUUUUUCGACCUGCCCUCAUGUACGUUAAUCUGAACAUUUUAUAGUACGAAGGAAACAUUUCCCCUGAAGUUAUUGUGCACAUUAAACUAUCCUCUUCUUAAGGGGUUCAGGUUGGAGCCUCACUCUGGUUUUUCUUUUUCUAUGGAAUGACCCAGGAGUUUGUGAGGCUCAGUGUGAACAGUCAGUGCUGGAUUCGCUGAUAUGAAACCUCGUCAAUGUCCAAGAAAGCAGUCACUGUCAGCUUUGAUCACGGCUUUUCCAAAUUUAAACUGCAUUCUUCUUCGUCACGUCAUUAAAACUUGUUUUAUGUAA